GUCUGCAGUAACGAUGGAAGCAGGUUUGUAGUUUGUUUUAUGGAGUACAACUCCUACUUCAGAAGUUAUUAAGAAUUACAACCUCAACUCCUCCAGACGCUCAAACAGGAAGCUGUGAGGAGCUGAUGACGCCGACCCCAUCUGUACAUCUCAACACUAAACUCUUCCUCUGCACACUAACCUGCAGAGAGCCUUGAGGUAAAGUAGUCCUCCGCUGUCAGGCAACACUAUGGGAAGGAAAAAGUGGUUAAAAUGUGUUUUCUUCAAAUUGUCCUUAAGAAAAGUGUGAGAGGUUCUUCAGGGUCACACAAAGACUCUCACUGUCAUUUCCACAAACGUCAGACAACAGUAAGAAGCAUUUCUUCAUUUCAACUCGGGGAUGUACACCCAGUCGUCAGCUCAUGCAUAUUAAUAAUGUAAAGAGGAAGCGAGUCAGGCUGGUUUAGACUGUUUGAAAUCUAUGUAACACAACGGUACCAACCACAGAAGAACACACCGUCUUCAAAGACUUCAUCCUCACUUUUGAUGUUGACAUGUUUAUAGUAAUUUACUGAGACAGUAUUUCUCGUGUGUGUGAUCGACCUGCUGAUUCGACGUGAGGAGCAGCGAUGAGUUUCACUGCAGCAGCGAGUGGACUUGUUGUCUUCCUUCUCUCUGUACAAGUGAUACAGGGUCAGAGUGGCUGGGGGGUGACUUACACCUCUACUGAGAUCUGUGCUGUAACAGGAUCAACAGUGGUCAUGAGCUGCAGCUACAGAUACCCAUCCAGCAGGACUUACUAUGUUGAGAGAACAUUCUGGUUUACUAAAGAGAAAGAUGGUGAACCUGUAGAUCUGAGAUCAGACUCACAGUAUGCAGGUCGUGUUCAGUACAGUGAUUCUAACAACUUCUGCACUCUGAGAAUCAGAGACGUGAGAGAGAGCGACUCAGCUGACUACAAGUUCAGCAUCAUAACAACCCAUCCAGGUGGAAGUUUUACUGGAUCACCUGGAGUCACUUUGUCUGUCACAGAUCCAGAUCUCCAGGUGCAGGUGAGCAGAUCAGGUAACUGGGUACACCUGAAGUGUCACAGCAGCUGUGUUCUUCGUGAUGGUCGUUACCUCUGGUACAAGAACGGACAGAAGAUACAGUCAGAAACAUCUUCUUCUUAUUAUUAUUCUUAUUAUUAUUAUUCAGUCAACUUUAAUGCUCCAGACGACUACUCCUGUGCUGUGAGAGGAAAUGAGAAUCGGCGUUCUCCUUCAGUGUAUGGUCCAAAGCUUCCCUCUGUGUCAGUGAGUCCCUCUGCUGAGAUAGAGGAGGGCCGUUCAGUGACUCUGAGCUGUAGCAGUGAUGCUAACCCAGCAGCUAACUAUACCUGGUACAAGGAGAAUGGGAACCUCAAACCUCUUAGUGAAGAUCCACAGCUCGUCUUCAGCUCCCUCCGGUCCUCUGACUCUGGACAGUAUCAGUGUACAGUCUAUAACAAGCUGGGGAUGAAGACGUCUAAAAGCAUCUCUAUUGAUGUGAAAUAUGGUCCAAAGCUUCCCUCUGUGUCAGUGAGUCCCUCUGCUGAGAUAGAGGAGGGCAGUUCAGUGACUCUGAGCUGUAGCAGUGAUGCUAACCCAGCAGCUAACUAUACCUGGUACAAGGAGGAUGAAGACUCACCAAAAGAAUCAGGACAGAACUUCACCAUCACUGACUUCAGAUCUGAACACAGUGGGAAUUAUUGCUGUGUAGCUCAGAACAGCAGAGGACGUCGUGACUCCACCUUACAGCUGACUGUUGGGGCAGGGAAUUCAAGAAUAACAAUGACUAUCAUCAGGUCGACUCUGGUGGUCUUGCUGCUGAUUUAUGUGAUUCUCCUGAAUCUGUGGACGAGGAAGAAGAAAGCUCUGAGCUCCACCACUGAAGCACAUGAUCCUGUAGAGAUAGAGUUGGACUCUUGUCCUGAGUAUGAGAACGUCUCAGAUACUGCAGCACAGACAGAAGACACAGAGGAGCAGGAAGACCUGGUGUGAAGUCCAGUCAGGUCAGAGCCUCCUGCUCAAACCAGAGGGAGACUCACCUGGAUGGAAGAAGCACUGAAGUGGAUACAUUUUCCUUGAACACGGAAAGUUUCUUGUUAUUUUUCAGUAGCAGCAGCAGGAAGGAGUCAGCAACAUGUAGCAGAAGAUUUAAAAUGCAAUGAGUAGAAUGCAAGCUUGCUUAUAUUGUACAUGCAGAAAUAUAAUGACAAUGUUCGUGAAUACCCUCAUUUCAUAAUGAUAUUUAACAAUAAAAUAUUUGCAUACAAGACUGUAAGUGAAGGGAAAUUAUUCUAGUCACCCCUCCGAUCACUAUGUCGAUAGUAGAGCCACGUCUUGCUUAGUUGCACAAUAUUUCACAAGCAGCACUGAUGUUGCAAAUCGUCUCAGGAAAUAGGCGCACUAUGAACAUAUGUCUAUAAUAAUCCAGUCAUAAUUAAUCCAGUUAUGAUCAAAUGUAUUUUGCUUGUUGUAAUGAAGCUGAGAAACGGGGCACGGCGAUGAAGAUGUGUAAAAGUAACUAAAGCUGUAAGACAAAUGUAAUAGAGUAGAAGUAUAACGGUGUAUAACAUGAAAAUACUCAAGUAAAGUAAAAGUACUUUGAAUUUGGACCAAAGUGCAGCACUUGAUUUAGUUAAUUUCCCACAACUGCAGGACUUCAUUUCAAUAACUGAUUCCGUUUUAUAAGUAACGGGACGUGAAGUAAAGUGUGAAUAUUAUGGAGCUCUGCUGGUGAGCAGCAGGUAUUACAACAACAGAAACACGAAUGUGGAGCCUCAGGAUCUCAGCGCUUUAAAUCUUUUUACCCUGCAGAUAGUUUAAUAAAAUACUGAUGCUGUUGUAUACCCACACGGGACAACAUGUUUUGCUGUUUAACUUCAAUUAAAUAAACUUCAACAUUGAUUGUUUGUUUUUUCUUGUAAAAUGUUUUGACCACUUUUCCACAAAAUGUUGUUAAGAUAAAGUAUAUAAUGAACAAUGUGUUAGUCAUUAAGUUUACCUUAGUGCCCGAUUAUGAUCCAUACCAUAUGUGCAUAAACAAGAUAUUGUCUUGACAUGACUGACAUGGACUCCAUGCUCUAAUGAAGUUAAGGGAACCCUUUAGUGAUCAUGAGGAAGUGACCUUCACAUCUGUUUUAGAUUAUUUUGGUGUCAUGAGUUGGGACACUACGCGGUUGUGCUUGGAAGCAGGUAGUGUUCUCAUUAUUAUUGUUUGUACAACGAAAUAAUAAUGAAUCAACUGUA